AUCCCCACUGCUCUCUCUCUCUCUCUGAGCCCCAAGUCCCAACUGAGAGAAAUGGCCGAGCAAGAGCAGUGCGUGCGCAUCACUCGCGCUAUGAAAAAGAGGGCGGCGGCUACAGCAGCCGAGGACCAGUCCGCGCACAAGAAGCGCGUCGUGUUGGGGGAGCUCCCGAACUUGUCGAACGUUGUCGUAUCCGUGAAUCCGAAUACUGGGGUCGAGCCGCUGAAGCCGAAAUGUAAAUCGAAGACGAGGGCCAAGAGCAAGGGACUGACGACAGCCGCAGCGAAGACAACGAAGGACAUUGACACGGAGCUGGGCAUUGAUGGGAAGUCGGAUGAUCCGCAACUGUGUCGAGCUUAUGCUUCUGAUAUUUAUGAGUAUCUUCGCAAAAUUGAGAUGGAGCCAAAGAGAAGGCCGUUACCUGACUAUCUAGAGAAGGUUCAGAAGGGUGUGACUGCUAAUAUGAGAGGAAUCUUGGUGGAUUGGUUGGUUGAGGUUGCAGAGGAAUACAAGCUUCUUCCAGACACUCUGUAUCUCUCCAUUUCAUACGUUGAUAGAUUCCUAUCCUUGGAUGCGGUCAAUAAGCAGAAACUUCAAUUGCUGGGAGUUUCUUCUAUGCUCAUUGCCUCGAAGUACGAAGAGAUUAGCCCUCCGGACGUGGGUGAUUUUUGCAACAUAACAGAUAAUACAUACAAUAAAAUGGAGGUGGUGAAGAUGGAAGCUGAUAUUCUCAAGUUGCUGAAGUUUGAAAUGGGCAAUCCUACUAUAAAGACAUUUCUAAGAAGCUUCACUACUGUUGCUCAAGAGAAUUACAAAACUCCCAAUUUGCAGUUGGAGUUCCUGGGCUGUUGUCUGGCAGAGUUGAGCUUGCUAGAUUACAAGUGUGUGAAAUUUGUACCUUCCCUGGUGGCUGCAUCAGUCAUUUUUCUUGCAAAAUUCAUGAUCCAACCAAAGCUGUCUCCUUGGUGCCCAACAUUGCAAACAUAUUGCGGAUAUAAAGCAGCUGAUUUAAAGGAAUGUGUUCUUAUCAUACAUGACUUGUAUAAUAGUAAAAGAGGAGGUUCUUUGCAAGCUAUAAGAGAGAAAUACAAGCAGCAUAAGUUCAAAACUGUGGCAACUAUGCCUUCUCCAGAAAUACCAACUUCUUACUUUGAAGAUCUAAAAGAAUGACAGAUUGGAGUCGGGUUCAGUUAUGGAUAUCCUAGUAGAAAAAGAUUUUGAGUGUGGGCUAAUGUUGAUUGAUGGAAGGGUUCUGUGGGGUGGUAUAUUACUUCUCAUGAAGGCGGGCAAAAUUCUUUUGGAUGAACACAUAGUUGCAGUGGUAAUUCAGCUGUUUCUUCUAAUUGUUAUUAUGAUUUCAUCAUUAAGAUCGGUUGAGGGUAAUUCUGCUGUUUCAUCUAAUUGUUAUUAGUGGAACGUAAUUUGCCGGUGCAGAGUACUGUUUAACUGGAAGAAUCCUAACCAUGAUGGUUUGAAGGGAGAUUAAGGCUUAGAAGAUGGAUGGAAGCUUUCUCAUCAGCUUACGCCAAUACAAUCAAAGCUCUCUUGACUGUGACCAUGGGAAAUGAUGUCCCUGGAAAUCUGAUUACCUUUCUGUUUCCGUCAGUCAUGGAUGGUUGAAGCAGUAAUUCAAUUUUUGUAGAUCCGAUCAUGCCAUCAUUUAACAUAGUUUAGUGCUACACCUUUUUUGUAUCUUAUUCCACGAAUAUUUUAGUGCUACAAUUUGUUUUAAAGUUUUUAUUUUUCAAAACAAAUGUAUUAACAAAUAA